CGAGAAAGCACAGAAGCAUAGCGAGAGAGAGAGAGAGCGAGAGAGGGGGAAAAUGUCAACAAGAAGAACAAUACUUUCUUACAAAUAAAGCACCGCCUUGGGGCCGCGGACAUGUCCGACAUGUUGUUUGUACGACCGAGGACUCGCGUGGACUCGUGAAGGCUAUGAAUUUCUCUGAGCAUGGGGAAGUUUCAGAUGAAGCAAUGCUUGAGAAAGAACACAAGCAUGUCCGGGACAUUAAGGAGGAGACAGAGGACCGUGCUAUUUGCAAACAGCCUGAAGGACUUGGAGCAGGAUCUCAUGAGGCCUCAGAGGCUGGUAAACGGACAUCAGCAGAGAUGGACCCUGACACAAUCCAGUCCAACAGCGGCAAGAGAGCCAGAGUCUCUGGUGAGAUGAGGAGGCACUUGAUUGAUGUGAGCAGCAGACAUGAGCCUCUGUGCCUCACCACAACUGGAGAGAAUGACUGCAUUCAGGAGACAACCAGAGUUUCCUACAGAAAGCCUCUCUUCAGCAUCUCCCACAGGAUCUCAGAGAAGAGGAACACUCCGGGUCUGGAGCAGCAGGCCAGUCAUGGCGCCGGAAAUCAGCUCAACUUCAGCAGCAUCCUCUCAACCAAGCUCCAAAGUCCAGAGGAAAACGGCCAAGUGGAGAGCCCCCUCCCCAGCACAGACAGUUCAGGCCAAGCUUCAACAACAACAAACUCUAGCCUUUAUCCUCUGAUUGAGAAAAUGUUUUUCAUUCUCAACACCCUUAAUUCAAGCAUGACACAGCUUCACAGCAAAGUUGACUUGUUGACCCUGGAAGUCAUGCGGAUCAAAAAGCAGGUCAAACCAGCUGAGAUGUCGACAGAGUUCGCGCCUCCGCCUGAAUAUCUACUAACAAGUGAUGAAUUGAACCAGCUGAUGGAGCAGACGUCCUGUGCUGGGGAGCUUGGCUGUCGGCUGCUGGUGCAUCUCUUCCCGGAGCUGUUCAAAGCCAGAGAGUGCUCUCAUGAGUGCAUGGCGAGCAAGAGAACACUUGAGUCUUUACAUCUGCAGCUGAUUCGUAACUACGUCGAGGUUUGUUACCCUUCAGUUAAGAACAACAGUAUCUGGGAGGAAGAGUGUCUCCUCCAGAUCAAUGAUUUCUUUAACCGUUUCUGGACGCAGAGGGACGUUGAGGGCGCUCGGCUGCUCAGGAAGCAGACCGUCACUGGUGCUGGGAUAAAAACUGAGCAUCCUCAAACAUAUCAUUUCAUUAACGAGCAGGGUCAGGAAGAGCAUUUUGCUCUGGACGAUCAGCAAGGCAGCCUGGCUGUCUCAGACACCUCCUUCAAAACGCAAGCCUCAGAGGAGCUGGACGAGUUCUCUUCCCCCGAGGACUUAAUUGUUUUUCUAAUGCACCGUCUUUUCCCUGAGGUGUUUGAAGGGGGGAAGAUGCCUGAAGGCUGUAGCAGUUUCAGUAGAGUGGGGCAGCAAAUUCUGGACUCUGACAAGAUGGACGUAAUCCGAAAGUAUAUGGAGGCAAAUUUCCCUGAUGUGCCAGAGGACAGCUGGCUCCAGGUCUGCAUUCAGCUUAUGGAGGAUGCACUUGAGGGUCCGCACAGUAAUGGCAAUGGGAGUGAACCUGAUAAUAUGAACGAUGAGGGCUAUGAACUGACCAGCCUUUCAGAAGACGUUUCUAAUAUUAAAGUACCAGAAUUGGCAGAUUAUGAAAGACCCAGUCGCAAAGCCAAAAAGUCACUGCUCACACCCAUGGAUUUUGACAAUUUGGAUAUUCCUCUACCAGACUUUACCAUCCCCCAAGAGUACCUCUUGUCCAAGGAGCAGCUGAAGAAAAAUUAUGAAUGUUCACUGUCCAUUGGAAACUUUGCCUCCCGGCUGCUGGUGCUCAUGUUUCCUGAGCUGUUUACCCAUGAGAACAUAAGAAAGCAGUACAACUGUAGUGGUUCACUUGGAAAAAAGCAGCUUGAUCCUGUUCGCGUGAACCUGAUCCGUCAUUAUGUGCAGGUAGUUUACCCGCAGGCCAAGAAUGACAGAGUGUGGAUGUUAGAAUUUGUGGGAAAACUUGAUGAGAGGUGUAGGAGACGUGACACAGAGCAGAGGAGAUCCUACCUGCAGCAACGCAAAGUGUAUGGUCCAGAGUCAGAGCAGGACUUUCUUUGCCAGCUCAACCAGCUCCAUCCAGAUAUCAGAGAGGAUCUCGAUAUCCCUUCUUUACCUCCUGAGAAAAGCAGCAAAGACUUCUGCAAAAUCCCCCUCGAUGAACUGACUGUAUCUAAACCUGACUUCCCUGUACCUUCUCUCUACCUGCUCUCAGACAUUGAGGUACGGGAAAUCGUACAGCAGAGUCUCUCUGUCGGGAACUUUGCUGCUCGCCUUCUCGUGCGCCUCUUCCCUGAACUCUUCACUCCGGAGAACCUGAGGCUGCAAUACAAUCAUUCCGGGGCCUGCAACAAGAAGCAGCUUGACCCUGUGCGCCUCAGAUUGAUCCGUCACUAUGUGGAAGCGGUGUAUCCUGUGGAUAAGAUGGAGGAGGUGUGGCACUAUGAAUGUGUGCCAAGCAUUGACGAGCGCUGCCGGCGUCCCAAUCGCAAGAAGUGUGACAUUCUUAAGAAGGCCAAGAGGUCAAGCACUGUGUCCUAGUUACAGAACUUUGCUGUUAUUUGUCAUAAAAUGAUUGCACAUUAUACAAGCUGAAACCACAUCGUUGAACUUUUACAAACUGUCCAUGUAGGAUGAAGCCAAGCUGUUUUGAGUUUAUUCAGUCAUGUUCUUGGUCAUAUUUUACCUUUAUGCUACAGCAGUUGAUGUUGUAGUUAAAGUUAUUGUUUAGUUUUUUUUUGAAGUUUGUUUGUAUGAGGUACUGACACACAGUCAACACUGAAAUCCACCAAUGCAUCACCAUGAGCCAGCAUGAGACACAGACGCUUACACUCAAUGAGAACAUGGCUGUUAGUGUGGACACAAGGUAAAAAUAAUGGCACUUUUCCAUUAUACAGUCCGAGCACUGCUCAGCUUGACUUGACUGUGCUCCUUUUGUUUGCUUUUUCAUUAGCGAUAGCAUCCGGUGCUUUCUUUAGUACCUGCUCUGGCUAUUUUCAUAGAUUCUUAAUUGAUUUAUUCUUUGAAGCAUGAAUAUUAAUCUAUACAAUUGCAAUGCCUACAGUAGUGAUAUAAUCAUUUCUUUCAGUGUUUCGGUUUUCAGUUUCGGCCAACAAUUUUCAUUUGAAAAAGACUUAGAAAUCCCUAAAACAUGCUUUAAUCUCCAACAUAUAGGAAGGAAAUUUCUAAAAUCUCCAUAUAUAGCAGAGGAGUCCGGUGUAUUUAGCGACAGCACUGCCAAGAGCUGGUGAUUGUGAGCCUGAAUCACAGCCCAUCCAUCCAUCCAUUCAUCUUUUAACGUUUAUCCUCCACAUGAGGGUCGCAGGGGGCGCUGGUGCCAAUCCCAGUUGACCCAGGGCGAAAGGCGAGGUACACCCCGGACAGGUCACCAGUCCAUCACAGGGACACAUAUAGAGAAAAACAAGCAUUCAAAUCACAACCCCUUCCACCGUAUCUCAGUUCAGUAUCUGCGCUCUAGUCAUGCAGGAAGUACUGAACGAUUCUGUGAAUUAAUCUUUUUAAUUAACUGAUUCUAAUGAUUCAAUACACCGAAAAGAACUGCUUUGCCCAUCACUAGUUUCUGUGUUGGUUAUAAAAAAAAAAAGAGUAGAGCCGAGUAAUGCUAGAACUGUUGAAUGGAAGAGUGCCAUAAUUUAACUUCUACCGCUUUAUCGUCCACAUGAGGGUCACAGGUGGCACUUUUGGGCAAAAAGCGGGGUACACCCUGGACAGAUCUUACUAAAGACUUGCCUAUUACUACUUCAACAGUGAAAAUAUGCUGAUUUAUUUUUCCGUUAGGUCGCCUUUUGUAGCUGGAAACUGAAAUGUGUAAACCACUGACUGUCUUACACCAAAGUCCAUACAGAAAAGCUGCAUUUUUUGCUUUGAUAAUUUUAUGAGCUGCUGGUCAACUGUUGCCUCAUUUGUUAACUUUGUGUCACGCAGGUGAAACUUUUACCACCAAAGUCACAAACUACUUCAGUGAAUUUCCUGAUGGAGGUAGAUUUAGGUCAACACCUACUGUGUGCUGUGAUGUUAAAUCACUGAUGAGCCUUUUUUAAGUGGCUAACAUCAGUUUCCUCUUCAUGUCUUCAGUCAGGGUGUAUGUCCGUGUCUCAGGCUGAAUGUCCGUGUCUCAGGCUGGUUCCUGGCAAUGGAGACGCUUACAGUGAAGUCAGCACUGACUCUGUCAGUACGCUAUAAACCCACACUUCAAAAAACCUCAGCUAUCUAUUUUAAUGUAGUCUUAUUAAUGUUGGAUAAAGCGGGGGGAAAAAAACUGCUUCUAUUUAAAAGCCAAAACUGUCAUCGCUUAUCUAACAUUCUUUGUUCGUAAAUGUUGUAGCCUUAACAACAAUAACAAUGACAGUAGCUGAUAACAUCGAUCACACCUUUGCUCUAUGGCUAGAUAGAAUUCAUAAUGAUGUGAUGUAGAGAUGGGUGACAAAUUAAAGGAAAAACCCAAGUAAGUGUGAGCGGAGAAACACGAUGACUGUGAACAUGAUAUAGUUUGGCCUUUACAGUCACCAGACUUCAGUUGAACACCUACAGGAGAUGGUGAUAAUGUCCUGGUGGUUAUUCCUGUAAUUUGUUGCCUGUAUGUAUUGCCAUUACAGUUACUGAUGUAGCAUUGUGCCACCACAGUUUUAAUAACAAUGUGCUUAUGUUAAGCCUUCUUAUCAAAAUUUAUAUUAUAAAGACGAUUUAACAUGACUCAUGAAAACUUCUUUCUAAUAAAAUCUUAAUAUAAAUAUGA